GUCCGAGAAUCACUAAUGAUAAGCAUCAACAAAUUGGACGCCAAUGAAAAAGCCAUAUUCCUAGACAUAGCAUGUUUUUGCAUCAAGGAGGAUAAGACUUAUGCAGACUACAUGUGGUGUAGUAGCGGCUAUUCUCCACACAGUGCGAUUGAUGUUCUUCUCCUCAUGUCAUUGAUAAAGAUUGAUGAGCACAAUUCUUUCUGGAUGCAUGAUGAAGUUCGAGAUCUAGGAAGGUACAUUGUCAUGGCAGAGAAUUUUGAAGAUGCUGAAAAGCGCCGCUGGGUGCAAAUUGAUGAGAAUACUCAAGUCAUACUGAGGAGCAAAGAGGAAAAAGGAGCUAUACGAGCACUCAGUUUGGAUAUCAGUCAUGACUUCACACCUGAAGAAAUAACAUAUUUGCCAAAGCUGAGGUUCCUUGGAGGGGAAAAUCUGAAUUUUUUGGGCGACUUCAAAAAUGAUAGUCCUAAUAUGAGAUGGCUUUCUUGGCGUUUAUGCCCGCCGGAUUUUUUAGCGACGAAUCUUCAUCUAGGGAAUUUGGUCGUGCUCAAUAUUUCGAUGAGCAACAUCACCGACGAUUGGGGUGGAUGGAGGCAAACCAAGGUACUGUUUGAAGUUGUCUAUGAUUGA